UGAUAACAGUUUGUUCAGUAUCUAUUGACGUGUCUGCUAAUAUUAUACAUGCACGAUGAUUUUGGCUGUGGUGCCCACCCUCAUCAGCUUGGCCAACUCAGUGCUGGGCCAGUGUGACUACUAUACUAAUGUCCAGCCCAACCAAGAGUACUACGUGUACAGUCCGUACUACUCCAACUACUACCCGCCCAGCACGAGCUGUCGCUGGAUCGCCGCCUGCCCCCAGGGCUACUACUGCCAGCUGCAGUGCUCUGAUAUUGACCUGCCAUACACGACGGGCUGCACCCUGGACCGGCUGCUCAUCUCCCGCACCGGAGACCCCACGCUGGCCGGCGCGCAGUCCUACUGCGGCAGGGGAACCCUUACGGUCAGCUCGGAAGGACAGCAGUUGAGCGUCGGUCUCCAAGCGGCCAGGAACAGUCCCGGCGGCAAGUUCUUCUGCACGCUGACGGCGCAACCGCGGACCCCGGCCCCCGCCCCCACCUGCAGCUGUGGGUACAGGAAAGUGAACCGCAUCGUCGGCGGCACGGAGACAGGCGUCAACGAGUACCCCAUGAUGGCCGGCAUCUACGACAAGCGCAUCUACCAGGUCUACUGCGGGGGGGUCAUCAUCGACCGGCGCUACGUGGUCACGGCCGCCCACUGCAUGCAGGAUAUGGACGCGGCGAAUAUCAAUGCUGUGGUGGGGGACCAUAAUGUUGAAAACACUGGAGAAUCCCCAGCCACCCAGUCUAUCCCAGUAACCCAAUUUCUGAUCCAUCCAAAUUAUAAUGCUGACACAUUCGACUACGACAUCUCGAUCCUGCGCCUGCAGUACGACAUCGUGUUCAGCGAGCGAGUGGGCCCCGUGUGUCUGCCCUUCAACUACGGAACCACUGACUUUGCAGGCGCCAUUGUUACUGCUCUAGGUUGGGGCACGAAGGAGUCGGGCGGCCCGCUCUCCCCCACUCUUCAGAAGGUGAACCUGAACGUCAUCAACCAGUCCACGUGCCAGCGGACCUACAGCUCCCUGACCAGCCGGCAGAUGUGCACGUAUACUCCUGGGAAGGACGCUUGUCAGUUCGACUCCGGCGGCCCUCUCCUCUACACGCAAGCCAACAACGGGCUCCAGUACUUCGUGGGCAUCAUCAGCUACGGCAAGUUCUGUGCUUCCACCUCCCCCAGUGUGAACGCCAGGGUCACGGAGUUACUGUCCUGGAUCGUGUCUAGCACGCCCGGCGUCAACUAUUGCAGGAAAUAAAUGAAUGAUGUCUGAGCAAU